GUGUGCUGCAAGGACCUGUGGUACCUGGAGACAGAGCGCCCGCCCGCCCCGGGCCGCGUGCAGCUGGUGCGCGCCAACACCACGUCGCUGGAGGUGAGCUGGGGCGCGGUGCCCACGGCCGACUCGUACCUGCUGCAGCUGCAGAAGUACGAGCUGCCCGCCGCGCCCGCGCCGCCGCCCGUGCCCUCGGUGCCCGCCAACCCCCCCAAAGGGGCGGUGGCCGCGUCCCCCGGUGCCACCCUGCAGGUGCUGCCGGCCGCGGGCGGGGCGGCCACGGCGGCCAGCGGAGCGGCCACGGCGGGGAGGGCACCUGGUGUCCCGGCGGUGCUGAAGGUGACCGGUCCCCCCGCGGCCAGCGCGGGGCCACCGCUGGUCACCGUGCGCUCGGCCGGGCCCGGCAAGGCCCCGGUGACGGUGACGUCGCUGCCCGCCGGCGUCAGGAUGGUGGUGCCCACCCAGAGCCCCCAGGGCACGGUGAUCGGCAGCAGCCCCCAGAUGAGCGGCAUGGCCGCGCUGGCCGCAGCGGCCGCGGCCACCCAGAAGAUCCCGCCGGCCUCGGCGCCCACCGUGCUCAGCGUCCCCGCGGGGGCCACCAUCGUCAAGACGGUGGCCGUGACCCCCGGGGCCACCACCCUGCCCGCCACCGUCAAGGUGGCCUCGUCACCUGUCAUGGUGAGCAACCCCGCCACGCGCAUGCUGAAGACGGCGGCCGCCCAGGUGGGCACGGCCGGGGCGUCCCCCGCGGCCACCAACGCGGCCACCAGGCCCAUCAUCACCGUGCACAAGUCCGGCACGGUGACGGUGGCCCAGCAGGCCCAGGUGGUCACCACCGUGGUCGGAGGGGUCACCAAGACCAUCACGCUGGUCAAGAGCCCCAUCUCUGUCCCGGGGGGCAGCGCCCUGAUCUCCAACCUGGGCAAGGUGAUGUCGGUGGUGCAGACGAAACCCGUGCAGAGCUCGGCUGUCACCGGGCAGGCCUCGAGCGGCCCUGUCACCCAGAUCAUCCAGACCAAGGGCCCCCUGCCCGCGGGGACCAUCCUGAAGCUGGUGACGUCGGGGGAGGGGAAGCCCACCACCAUCCUGACCAGCACGCAGGCGGGGGCGGGGGCGGCCAAGCCCCCCACCAUCCUGGGCAUCAGCAGCGUGUCCCCCAGCACCACCAAGCCCGGGACCACCACCAUCAUCAAAACCAUCCCCAUGUCGGCCAUCAUCACCCAGUCGGGGGCUACCGGUGUCACCAGCAGCCCCGGGAUCAAGUCCCCCAUCACCAUCAUCACCACCAAGGUGAUGACCUCGGGCACCGGGACCCCCGCCAAGAUCAUCACGGCUGUCCCCAAGCUGGGCGGGGGGCACGGCCAGCAGGGCGUGACACAGGUGGUGCUGAAGGGGGCCCCGGGCCAGCCGGGGACCAUCCUGAGGACAGUGCCCAUGGGGGGGGUCCGGCUGGUCACCCCCGUCACCGUCUCGGCCGUCAAGCCCACGGUGACCACCCUGGUGGUCAAGGGCACCACCGGUGUGACCACGCUGGGGACGGUGACAGGGACAGUGUCCACCAGCCUGGCCGGGGGGGCAGGUGGCCACAGCGCCACGGCCUCGCUGGCCACGCCCAUCACCACCCUGGGGACAAUCGCCACCCUGUCCAGCCAGGUCCUGAACCCCGCGGCCAUCACGGCCACCGCGGCCGGGGGCGGCCUGGGGACACCGACCAUCACCAUGCAGCCGGUGUCCCAGCCCACGCAGGUGACGCUGAUCACCACGCCCAGCGGCGUGGAGGCCCAGCCCGUCCACGACCUCCCCGUGUCCAUCCUGGCGUCCCCCACGGCCGAAGGUCCCCCCGCGGCCACCUCGGGGGGUGGCAGCCUGGCCGAGCCCCCCCCCGCCGAGGCCACCCCGGGCACCGUCACCCUGGUGUGCUCCAACCCCCCCUGCGAGACCCACGAGACCGGGACCACCAACACGGCCACCACCAGCCUGGUGGCCAACGUGGGGACGGGGGGGGGACAGCUGCAGCUGCUCUGCGAGGACACGGGCGGGGGGACAGCGGUGCCGGCGCCCCCCCGGGCCUGCUCCAACCCCCCCUGCGAGACCCACGAGACGGGGACCACCAACACCCCCACGGCGGCGGGGACGACGGGGACAGCGCGCUUGGGGACGCCCGGGGGACCGCCCUGCCCCACGCAGCAGACGGCGGCCACGGGGACGACGAUGACGGCGCGGUUGUGCCCCCCCGAAGGCGGCGGUGGCAGCGGUGUCACCUCGUGCCAAACGCAAGAGGCGGCCCCGUGCCAAACGCCCUGGGGGCAGCCUGAGGUGGGGACGGCCACCGGGGCGGUCACCGCGGCCACCACGGCGAGCUGUGAGACCCCCGCGGGGACGCGGCUGUGCGCCAACCCCCCCUGCGAGACCCACGAGACGGGGACGACCAACACGGUGACAGUGACAGGGUCACAGCUCUGCUCCAACCCCCCCUGCGAGACCCACGAGACCGGGACGACCAACACGGUGACAGUGACAGCACCGAGGCCACCCUGCGCCAACCCCCCCUGCGAGACCCACGAGACGGGGACGACCAACACGGUGACAGUGACAGGGUCACAGCUCUGCUCCAACCCCCCGUGUGAGACCCACGAGACGGGGACGACCAACACGGUGACAACCACGGGGACACGGUUCUGCUCCAACCCCCCCUGCGAGACCCACGAGACGGGGACAACCAACACGGCCACCACCACCACGGCCGCCUCGCGCCCCCCGCCCGACUCGGGGACAGCGGUGCCACCACCUCGAGGUGUCCCCCCCUGCGCCAACCCCCCCUGUGAGACCCACGAGACGGGGACGACCAACACGGUGACAAUGACAUCGUCACAGCUCUGCUCCAACCCCCCCUGCGAGACCCACGAGACCGGGACCACCAACACGGCCACCACGGCCACCGCGGGCUCCCGGCCGGGUGACACUACCACGGCCACCAGCGCUGCCACCACCGCCACCACCUCCAGCACGGGGGGGUCCCCGCCUUGUGCCAACCCCCCCUGCGAGACCCCCGAGACCGGGACCACCAGCACGGCCACCAGAGCGGGGUCCUCGCCCUGCCAGAGCCACCAGAGCGGGGCCACCAGCACGGCCACCACCGAGGGGGUGACACCGCCCCCGCCCUGUGCCACCGCCACCAGCCCCCCCCGCGCCUGCUCCAACCCCCCCUGCGAGACCCACGAGACGGGGACAACGGCCACGGCCACCACGGUCACCGCCAGCAUGGGCGCCAGCCAAGAGCCCCCCCCACCGGCUGCCAACGGGCAGGGGGAGGGGGAGACCCCCCCCAGCGAGGGCGGGGGUCCCCCUGUGCCCCCCGGGACCCCCAGCCCCGGCCCCAGCGGCAGCGGGACCCCCCAGCCCCGGGCGGUCACUACGGUCACUCAGUCCACGCCAGCGCCGGGGCCGGCCGUGCCGACCAUCUCGUCGCUGACCGAAUCCCCCCCGGCUCCCCCCGAGACCCCCCCAACCACCACGCCCACCCCCCCUGGAGACCCCCACCCACCCCAGGACCCCUCCUCGGCCACGUCCCCGUCCCCCCCCGGGCCCGAGGCCGCCCCCGGAGCCGAGGCCGGGGGGUCCCCGGAGCCGCUGGCCGUGGUGGUGCUGCCGCCGGCCGCGGCCGAGGGGGGCCCGGCCGAGGGGCUGGCGCUGCCCCCCGAGCUGCUGGCCGAGGCGGGGGGCGCCGGGGGCCCCCCCGGGCUGACCCCCGAGGAGCUGGCGGUCACCGCGGCGGCCGAGGCGGCGGCGGCGGCCGCGGCCAGCGAGGAGGCGCAAGCCCAGGCUCUGGCCAUCCAGGCCGUGCUGCAGGCCGCGCAGCAGGCGGUCAUGGGGACAUCGGAGCCGCUGGAGCCCGGCGAGCCCGGGGGGGGCCCCUCGGAGCUGGGGGGGGCCCUGGGGGUGUCGGAGGGGGCGGGGGGCGCGGGGGGGGCGCUGCCCCUGGUGCUCACCCAGCAGGAACUGGCGGCGCUGGUGCAGCACCAGCAGCACCUGGCCGAGGCCCAGGCGGCCGCGCCCCCCCCCCAUUUGCCCACCGAGGCCUUGGCCCCCGCCGACAGCCUCAACGACCCCGCGGGUGACACCAACGGCCUGGGGGACCUGGGGACAGUGCCCGGGGGGGGCACCCCCGCCACCCUGCUGCCCCCCCCCGGGGACGGCCUGGCCCCCUCGAGCGCCUUCGUGGCCCCCCCGGGCCCUGCAGUGGCCCCCAGCCCCGCCAAGCUGCAGGCGGCCGCCGCCCUGGCCGAGGUGGCCAACGGCAUCGAGAGCACCCCCGUGAAGCCGGAGCCG